AUGGGGCUGCAAUAUAAGUAUAUCACCUCAACAGCGGCGUAUGACGAGUUCCCGCUCGAAUCAUGUGUAGCGAUUGAGUUCGUUGCACUUUUGACGUCGAUAAGUUAUGAGCGUACGCAUUAUCUGCUCGAGUUACAUAAUUUUGCAGAUGGAAAUCCUGACAAGAUGCCCUUCUUAGUGAAGGUGAGAUGUUCUGAUCAAUUCGCGGAGAAGCUAGCCAGGAUGACUAUAUCGCUGAUGUUCCAGUGUUUGGAAAUUGAUUUACCAGACUCCAUCCUAGACGAACACACACCAUUAAACGAUAUUCAUCUUGAAAGCUUGUGCUUUGUUAAAUGUCAAUGUCUUUACUUGUCAAAGGAAUCGAAAUACGGCGUAUACUUGGAGAAUAUUAAACCGUUCAAUGCGGCGAGUGUCAUGGAUUUGGCUUUGAAUCACAAGGACGGACACAUUGGUAAGACAAUCUUCAAUAUAAUGCAAAAUUUAAUACGAAUGGACACAAGGUUUACUAGCCCGUUCAAGUUCGCGAGGCUGAAUAACCCACCUAAGGAUUUCCGACGCUUAAUCGAGAAAUUGAAGGCUAAUCAACCGGCACUCGUGAAUAACCCAUUGUUCACUGCAAACCGCCUUAAUUCUGCCCCCGCAGAAUCCCAAAAUGAGUUUAAUUCUCAAUGCAUGGGAUCAAGUGGUAGUUUCGACACAAUGGGGUUUGACGCCGUGGAAGAAUCCGAUUCAUCAGUAGAACCCGAGCUUACAGUUCGAAAGAAACCACGACUAGCAGGCUCAGAUAUCCAGCCCAACACAAGCAUGUCAAUGGUAUUGGGGACUACAGUAAAACUAGUUGGACAAAUCGCUGGUUUGUUCCCCGUAGGACCCGACGCAGCAGGCGAUUUCCGUCUCUACUUCAUCCCACAUGACUGGCCCAACGCACCGCAUGAACCAUUUGUGGCAGGUGUGAAUUGUCUCGAAUGUUUCGUGGAGCGUGCAUCACCACUAUACAAGCUAAUAGAUGCAGUGUUCGACACUCCGGACGCAUUCCAUGACAUCCUAGCCCGUGCCAACCUUGUAAUCGACGUGGAGCGCACUGAAUGGCACUUGCAUGACAACCUCCACUCGAGCCGAUGGACGUUGACCCAUGUGGACCAACAGGAAGAACUAAUGAACAGAAUUCAAACGCCUAACUCUAAACGCGACCCGCUCAUCGAAUUCAAAGACCUAACCUUGCGAGGCCAAGAAGUAAAGUACGUGACUAUGAUAGGAUUACUGGUAUCAUGCUCUUUCGAGAACCCAUCAUUCGUCUCGAUGGUCUUUACAGAUUUCACAAGCAACCUAGAUAUAAACCAAAAAUUCCUAUUUGACCGUUUCUUACUAGAUUUCGACAACAAACUAGACCAAGAAUCCGGAUUUCGAGUAAUAAUGUAUGCGAACCAAUUUGCAAUUUUCGAUAAGCAGCUCCGUGAACUUUACAACGACCUUUCACUACGUAAUAUGUUCAUGCCCAACAGUGGAGAGAAUGUCUCACAUAAGGGGAUUCUAUGCCGAAUGUCACUCAAGCUCAAACUUUACAAUGACAAGCUAAAUGCUAUCGUACGCUACUGUACACCAAUUUCAACCACAACAAGACUCGCCUACCGUGAUGAACGGUUGCAAUUACAAAAUAUUCGUGAAUCAGCACUCAAGAUUCUACGACAACCUUCAUUAAACAGGUUCUAUGAUAAUUUCACCGUAUGCUUCCCGCUAGUACAAGAUAGAUCAGUAUGGAGAGUCAGCAUGAAGGAGAGACGACCAGUGGUACCAGAACUAAGACUAAACGCAGAGGACGAAGAGAUGGUCACGUGCACAACUGGAACCGAACCGCGAGUAGUACGAGACAUCGCUGCACUCAACGGUUCAGGUCCCCAAGCACCAGAGAAUGGGACCAGUUCGGUCCACAGAGUCGAAGGCCAAUUACUGCUAUUACAGCUCAAGAAUGGUAGCGUCCAACUACACGUAACUAACGAACUGAUCACGGGAAACUACGUUGUUCCAGCAAGAAUUCUCACCCUCGAACUCCCGACGUCACAAGCAGUGCAAUCGUUCGACCAAGACUGCUCUGACGUACUGGGAGAAGAAUUUUGUUUCACAGUUACUAGACGAAAUCUCCCGCUACUGGAGCUAAACCCUACCGGAAAGCGAUUGCUAGUAUGGUGCCCGAUAGAGUGUUCUCUCCCAGAGCUGAGAUCCCAACUUCGCCACUCCCAAUCCGUCAAGCAAGAAGAGCAGCCAACUUAA